GCAGAGUUCUUUCCAUGUGAUUCAUUUCGUUGCUGCACUGCUCGAGUUCCAAGUCCAGGAUCCCUCAGCUCUGAUGAGACAGAAAUAACCAGCGGUCAAGCUUCCACACGUGGAGUGGGACAGAUCGGCACCAAUCUCCUCUGGCUGGGAUUGGGCCACUUGAGAAUCCGUGUGUUUCGCAAAGUAAGAAAGACUUCUCCUCGGUACUGGGGUAGAAUCUUCGUGGGCAAGAUUAAGCUCAUCUGCUGUACGCCCCCAGACAAAGAAAGGAAGCCGCAAAGAGAAUAAAAAAGAAACCAAUCAUUUUAUUUCCACUCUGGUGGAGUAUGAAGGAUCAAAGCCCGCUUGGACUAUUUUUGCAUGCAUACUUUAUGUUAUCAUAUCCCACUACUAUCUGCUACAUCGAGUACAUUUCAAGUGGCUUUGAAAACAGACGUGCAUUAAAGCUAGCAGUAUCACGGUUGCCUAGAUGCAAGAAGACUAAAUUGGCACACCAGGCAAGUUGUGAGAUUGAAAGAUAGAAUGCACCAUAGUAGUACGGUAUUAUUAUCAUUUGCAAGUAUUUAUCUUGAUGGUUAUUUUAUAGUGGUGAGUAAAUUGAUCUUUGUCUUGACAUACCAGGAUUCGGAGCCCGACGGGAUGAAGCAGACUUGCCCAAAUAGGUAACACAACCGAGGGCCAUGGACGGGUCACAGCCAUCACGAGUGACGAGAUCCGCCGAGCACACUGC